AUGGAAGUAGGUAUAAAAAAGGAUAAUAUUGGCGAGUCAAAACCAAUAACGGAUAAAAAUGAUGAAUCAAAUAUGCAAAGUUUAAAGAAUACACUUGAAAACGGAGAAAUACUUUAUUCAAAAUAUUGCUCUAAAGUUGAAGUUGUCAAAAGCUGGAGUGUUUCAAAAUACAAGCGUACCAAACAACGUAUAAAUGAAAUACUGGGAUAUUCAUUGAAAACUGUAGACGUAGAGUUGGAAAAUGAAAUUAUAAAAUUAAGUGAAACUCAAAAAAAGUAUGAGAUCAUACUAAAAACUGCUAAAAAUAUGGCACAGCACUUUCAAUGUUUCAUUCAAACCCAACAAUUACUAGGAAAUACUUUCGCAGAAUUAAGCGAAAAAUCGCCCGAACUCGAACAAGAAUUUGUCCUCAAUUCGGAAACGCAAAUAAAUUUAUCGAAAAAUGGGCAACAACUAUUAAAAUUAAUUGAUAAAUUCGUAUCAUCCGUGAAUACUUUAUGCUAUAAAACUAUUGAGGAUACACUUAUUACUAUAAGGAAAUAUGAAAAUGCGCGUAUUGAAUAUGAUGCGUUUCGUUCAGAAUUUGAAGUUUUGGAUCCGAUGACUAAUUCUAACUUAGCUAGCGUUUUUGAUGUGCUCCAAAAUUACCAAAUUCGCAAGGAAGAGUUUGAGAAAAUACGUUCUGAUAUUUACAUUAAAUUGAAAUAUCUAAAUGAAAAUCGAAUUAAAGUUAUGCACAAUAACCUUAUACUUUUCAAUAAUGCCAUCAAAUCAUAUUUUACCAUUCAAUAA